AUGCAAUCUUUAUGCUUUUAGUGCAGUUUAUGCAGAAUAAUUAUAUAAAUGUUUUCAUUUUUGUGUAUUAUUAUUGUCAAUCUAUAGUCAGUGUUAUAUAUUCUGUGGAUGUCGUCUAGCUUAGUUGGUACAAUAUCGGGGAUGCUUAUCUUGAAUUGAAAUCAAAUUACGUCUAUAUUGCUAUCAUUCCGCUUUGGGUCUUUCUGUACAUAGGAAAAAAGAAUUUUGUUAUUUUAUUUCAUUGGUCAAGUGUUUUUGGGUCAAGUGGCUUAUAAUUGUUUCAAUGCUCUUGAUUUGUUUAAUGAUUAUUGCUGAAUGGUAUUCAAUCUUAUUUAUUAUAAAAUGAAAAGGGAUGUGGGAAUUUGGGGUUGUUAGAAUGUUAGUACAUAAAUGUCAUUGCUAGAAUUGGUCAAGCUAUAUGGUUAUUGGUAUAUAAAAAAUCGUAUGGAAUAGUGCUUAGAAUUUCUUUCAUUUCUGUCGUUAACUUUUCGGGAAGAUGUUCAAGUCUUUGAUUUUGGGACAUAUAAUUGGGGAGGUUGAUCGCGUUUUUAAGCAAUGAUUGCAUUUGAAACUGCUUAAAGUUUGUUUGCAGCCAUAUCGAAAGUUGAUGGUUGAUGAGGUUUGAGCAGUCAUUUGGGUUUUUGGCUGCCUUGGAUAAGCUCACACUAACCCGUCAAUUUGGUGGGAGUAAAGGAUCGUCAACAAGGGCGUUCUAGUGCAUUUUAAGUUUGGUUGGUGUUUGUGUUUGGUUGCUCUAUAAUGUUUUGAGAAAAGAGUAGUGCAAAUGCCCAAGUCUUAUGUUGUUGGCUAUUGCGGGAUGAUUCUAAGCAAAUUCCUUAACAACACAGAGUAUGAACGCAUUGUGUCCCGUGUUUAGAGGUUUUUAUAUUCACAUCUUUACUUCAUACUAGCAGUGGAAAGAUUACCUCAACGCUUUUUUCCCAGAGAAUUUUUGAAACUAAAUAGAUUUCUCUUUAUUGAUAGUUGUCGUAGACAGCAGCACUAGCUUCCAUUUCUUAAAGAGGGACUAGCUGUCACACAAAUUAACCUUUCUUUUUCUUUUUUGAGGAUUGGUGCUGCAACAUUGAUCUUUGAGCACGUCAUGCUCUUGAUUUGAACAUAUAGAAAGUUAAUGUUUAAUAAGGUUUGAGACUUUGAGCAAUAUAGCUCAAUUCGGUUUUUGCUUUUUUGCUGCCUUGACCCUAAGGUGUUUGUGUUUGGUUUCUCUAUAUUGUUUUGAGCAAAGAGUAGUGCAAAUGUGAAUUGCUUAUACUGUUUGCUAACGCAUAAUGAUUCUAAGUAAAUCUCAACAUCUCUUGAGUAUGAACUUACUGUGUCGGGUUUGGAGAGGUUUUUAUAUUCACAACCUUACCCCAUACUAGUUGGAAGUAGUGGAAAGAUUAGCUUAAAUUUUUUUACAAGAGCACUUUUGAAAAACAAAAUAGAUUUCUCUUCAUCGGUAGUAGUUGUAAACUAGUAGCACAAGCAUCCAUCUCUAAAAAAACUGACAGUUGUCACAUAAAUUAGGCUUUCUUUUUUGAGGAUUGGCAACAUGAGAAGUGAGAAGAGGGGUAGAAAUAGGGGAUACAAAUGAUUUUCUUAUGAUUGGUAAGCACAUGCAGAAGGUGGAGCUAUUUUUUGGUGCGUGUGUGUGUGUGUGUGUGGAGGAGUUGCAUCAUGGAUCCUUGAGCACAUCAUGCUCUUGGUGUAUCCCUUUUAGAUAUAGAAAUUCUGCAGAAAGUGAUGGAACAGAAUCAGAGAAGAUUGUGGAAGUGCUUAUGAUCAACUCAACUAGUGGACCAGGUCUUCUGUUUCCUAAGGGUGGCUGGGAGAAUGAUGAAACUGUAGAGGAGGCAGCAAGGCGUGAAGCAAUAGAAGAGGCUGGUGUCAAAGGCGACAUACUGGAUUUUUUGGGUUACUAUGACUUUAAGAGCAAAACCCUGCAAGAUGAUUUUAGCCCGGAAGGUUUAUGCAAGGCUGCUAUGUUUGCAUUGCUUGUGAAAGAGGAGCUGGAGUACUGGCCAGAACAGAGUACACGUCAGAGGAGUUGGUUAACCAUACCCGAAGCUCUAGAUUGUUGCCGGCACCCAUGGAUGCGACAAGCCCUUGAAGAAGGUUUCAUAAAGUGGCAUGCCAGUAGGACAACAGGCAGCGAGUGAGAAAGUGAUGUAUUGCUGGACUUACAGAAACUGAGUGAUUUGGUUCAAGAGAGAAUUAUGUUGCCAAGACAGCUUUUCUGCCUUCUUGUUUCUUCCUUGCUUCUGGGUGUUGAGUUGCGAAAGAUGGUAAUUGGUGUGCGUCUUUAGGGUUUUGACAUGGUUGUUUAGAUUUCAUUCUCAGGAUUUCUUUAGGCGUUUUUGUCUCCGAGAAGUCUUUUUCAUUUUUGGCUCAACUGACCUCUUUGACUUGUUUAAAAUUACUGGGAAAAAGGCAUGCUUUUGAGCUCUCCCAACUGUUUUUAGAACUGUCUUCUUAUUUCCAUUAGAAACUGUACAUUGUGAAAAUUACUAUGGAGAUUAUACACAACUAAUUGUUCUCCUUUUUUUUUGACUGUUUGUUUAUCACAUUCAUAAAUACUUGAUUAUGCUUUGCAAAUGAUUUUCCCA